AUGACGCCAUCCUCAAAUUUCUUCUCAUUUAUGCACUUGCUUCUUUUGUUCUCUUUAUUUAAUCUUAUUGUCCUGGCUCACUUUACCUCUUUUGUGCAGACACUCUGUCAUGAUGAUGAGCGUUCUUCCUUGUUGCGGUUCAAGGAAAGUCUAGUCAUUAAUAAGUUUGCUUCUUUUGAUCCUUUAGCUUAUUCGAAAGUUGCAUUAUGGAAGGCAGAUGAAGACUGCUGCUCAUGGGACGGCGUCACCUGCAAUGAGGUUACUGGUCAUUUGAUCAGGCUUAACCUCACUAGUAGCUGCCUUUAUGGUUAUAUCCACUCUACCAGUACUCUCUUCCAACUUGCCCAUCUGGAAUGGCUUAGCCUGGCUGAUAAUCACUUCAAUGGCUCCAAAAUCCCUUCCCGAAUCAUGAACCUUUCCAGGUUAACAUUUUUGAACCUAUCUUAUUCUGCCUUUUCUGGUCAAAUACCAUCGGAGUUCUUAAAGCUCUCAAAUUUGGAGACCCUUGACACAUCAUUGAAUCGUAACUUGGAGCUCCAAGAGCCAGGUCUAAAGAGCCUAGUUGACAAGUUAACUCACCUCAAAGUGCUAAAUCUUUCCCAGGUCAACAUUUCUUCUUCAGUACCUGAUAUCUUGGCAAAUUUAUCUUCGUUGACUGAGUUAUCCUCACGCAUUGUGAAUUGCAAGGAGAGUUUCCUGCAAAGAUAUUCCAAUUACCCCACCUUCACUUUCUCAGUGUGCAGGACAAUCAAGGCCUCUCUGGGCACGAGUUUCUCUGGUGAGGUUCCAUAUUCAAUUGGAAAUCUUAAUUCCUUAAUUCUCUUGGAUAUUCACGACUGCAGUUUUUCAGGAUCAAUUCCGUCUUCACUUGGUAAUCUUACCAAGAUCACUAAUCUUUACUUAUCUGGAAAUCAAUUUUCGGGCAAGUUGUCAACUUUGUUUGGAAAUCCAUCUUCUUUAGAAGAACUGGACCUUUCUUACAACUUUUCAAGCCAAGAUUCUCGUGCGUUGUCGUGGAUGACUAAGUAUAGUAAGCUUACUUAUUUAGGACUUUCACAAAUCAACUUGUUUGGUGAAAUUCCCUCUUGGCUCAUGAACCUAACACAUCUUACUCAUUUAUAUAUGAGCCAGAAUGAAUUAAAGGGUCCUAUUCCAUAUUGGCUUAUGAACCUAAGCCAAUUAGUGGAGCUAUCAUUGUCAUCUAAUCGUUUGAUUGGCAAUAUCCCUUCUCAAGUUGGAAACCUAACGCAGCUGCAGCUUCUUGCACUUGGGUCCAAUAUGUUGCAAGGCGCAUUUCCUAUCGCUCUCUAUGACCUUGAGAAUCUUCGUGUGCUUGACCUCAUUUCAACUAAUCUGAAUAGCACAUUGGAACUUCUCGAUCUGUCUCACAACAACUUAAGUGGCAAGCUUCCACAGUGUUUGGGAAAUUUUAGUCAUUUCCUAGAACUACUAAGUCUGAAAAAUAACAACUUUAGUGGAGGUAUUCCUGAAAACUUUUUGAAUGGAGAAAACUUGAGGAUGAUUGAUUUAAGCCAAAAUCAAUUACACGGCAAAAUUCCGAGAUCAUUGGCCAAUUGUAGAAAUCUAGAAUUUCUUGAUCUUGGAAACAAUCAAAUCAAUGAUACUUUUCCAUCCUGGUUGGAAACUCUUCCAAAUUUAAAGGUCCUUAUCUUACAAUCUAAUAGAUUAAGGGGUGCCAUAAAAGAACCUGAAACAGCCUAUGCUUUUCCCGAACUGCAAAUCAUUGAUCUCUCCCAUAAUAGAUUUACAGGUAGUCUUCCAUCAAAAUACUUUGAAUCUUGGGAUGCCAUGAAAGUUGUCAAUGGAAGUUCACUAACAUAUAUGCAAGCUCUGAAGACGUCUGGAAGUCUCUAUACAGGUAUUGAUGAGACGUAUGAUAUUUUACCAUCAAUUUACGAUUACUCAAUGCAAUUGAGUACCAAAGGCAUAGAGUUGGAGUACGGAAGGAUCUCAUAUCUCCUCACAGCUAUUAUUUUCUCGAGCAACAAAUUUGAAGGACACAUUCCAGCAUCCAUUGCAAAUUUAAGAGGGCUUCAUUUUCUCGUUCUUUCGAACAAUAAUCUCAAAGGCUCCAUCCCACCAUCCAUGGCAAACCUAACAAUAUUGGAAUCGUUGGACCUUUCCAAUAACAAGCUCUCAGGACAGAUUCCUCAGCAACUGGAAGAUCUCACAUUCCUUUCAUACUUCAAUGUCUCAAAUAAUCAUCUCACAGGACGCAUACCACAAGGAAAACAAUUUGAUACAUUUGAGAGUAUUUCGUUUGAUGGGAACCCAGGAUUGUGUGGAAAGCAGAUAGCAAAAAAAUGUGGAGAUUUUCCGCCUUCAAAGAAAGAAGAAGAUCCUGCAGGCUCGAAGUUUCCACUUGAAUUUGGCUGGAAAAUAGUUCUGACAGGGUUUGCUAGUGGGAUAAUUGCUGGAGUGGCUCUUGAGCAUGCUUUUUCUCCAAGGAUAAAGGUAUUGUUCAUGAAGAUUUUCGAGAGGAAGCUCAUGAAUACAUUCGGGAGACAGAGAGCUCACAGAAGCACGAUGUGAAGAGAGGGAUGAUGCUUGAGGCAGUUGGGCAUUUCGGGUUGAGCUGAAAUUUUUUGUGAGUGGAUUAACCGAAAAGUCUUUUAAAAACUUAAUUGCUGUUUGCAUAUCAAGUUAUUUAUUUCUAUUAUAAUGUUUUGGGUGCAAAAUCUUGAGUUAAGUAUGUUAUUUGCUAAACCUUGUCUUGCAUGUUUUGGCUGAGCAAAUUUUUGGGUGAUAAUGCAUUAGAUCUGGUUCCAAAGUAAUGAGUUUUCAUACUGCAUGUUAUUUAAAUAUAUGUAUAUGGCUGUCUCAUGAAAUUUGAUGUUGAUGGCUGCUUGAUUUGGGGUGUGGUUGGCACUAGAGAGGAGUUGGGUUCGGCUGAUGUUGAAGAGUGGAGAAAAUUUAUAUUAUGCAGAUUUUUAGUAACGGGAAAUGUUGGUGCUGGCUUAUUAAAUUGUUGAAUGGAAUAUAUAUUUAUUUAGAAUGAGACUUUAUCAAAUAAUUAACUCUUUUCUUUAUUUAUAUACACAUAUAGGUGUAUAAGGUGCAUUUGGUGUUUUGUUCUUCAAAAAUGGGCUGUUGGCUUAAUUUGGAGAUAGUUUUGCUAAUCAAAGAGUGAGUGGGAAUUGCACAAAAUCCUUUACUAAAGAUUGAGUUUUUAAGCUUGCAUGUUACUUUAAAGUUAUUGCCUUUCAAUCACUUGGAAAUUACGUGUGAAUUGAAUUAUUGAAAUGUUGUUUUAUUUGGUAGAAAUGAGUUGUGGUUGAUGUUGUGUGAAGAGUAGUUGAAGAAUAUA